AUGACAGCAGCAACUGGUGACCAAAAGAAACAAUAUGUGCUUGUACCUGGUGGUGCUGGUUUUAUUGGUAGUCAUUGUGUUAUUGAAUUGAUUACAGCUGGUUAUGCACCAAUUAUAGUAGAUAAUGAACAUAAUUCAUCAGCAGGAUGUUUAAAACGUGUUGAACAAAUUACUGGAUGUCAAAUAAUUAAUUAUAAAAUUGAUUGUCUUGAUCUUGAAAAUUUACCAAAUAUUUUUAAAAAAUAUUUAAUUUAUGCAAUAAUUAAUUGUGCUGCACUUAAAUCAGUUGGUGAAUCAGUACAAAAACCAAUUUUAUAUUAUAAAAAUAAUGUUGGUUGUUUACUUAAUUUACUUACAUGUAUGGAAGAAUUUAAUGUUAAAAAUUUUCUUUUUUCAUCAUCAGCUACUGUCUAUGGUACACCAAAAUAUUUACCACUUGAUGAAAAACAUCCAUGUAUUGGUGAUACUAUUACUAAUCCAUAUGGUAAAAGUAAAUAUAUAUGUGAACAUAUUCUUAAAGAUACAAUAGUUGCUCAUCCUGAAUGGAAUAUCAUUCUUUUACGUUAUUUUAAUCCUGUUGGUGCUCAUAAAACAGGUUUAAUUCGUGAAGAUCCUAUUGGUAAACCAAAUAAUCUUAUGCCAUAUAUUGCA